CACUCGGUGCGCCCGGACGUAUUUGUGUGGUGCACGCGCACCGAUCCUAGAAUGGAGGAGCAGGAGAUGCAGAUAAAGGUGAAAAAAGUCACAGACAAGUUUACUGAGAGUAUGUAUGUCCUUGCUAAUGAGCCAUCAGUGGCUCUAUACAGACUGCAGGAGCAUGUCCGCCGGUCUCUUCCAGAACUUGCUCAGCACAAGGCUGAUAUGCAGAACUGGGAGGAGCAAAGUCAAGGAUCAAUAUACACAGUGGAGUAUGCAUGCAGUGCCGUCCGCAGUAUGACAUUUAGCAGUGUGCAUUUCAAGAGCAUCGAGGGGCUUCUGAAACGGGCUGCCAACUUAAAGCACCAACUGAAUGCCGUGCAAGGUCGAAGGUAGCUUGGCGUGAAUUUGCCCUGCGCACCGUGGAUCAGCACUGAACACCAAGAAGAGGGGCUUUCAUCACAAAAAAAAUGAGAAAAAAAAAACCCUUGACUGCUUCUGCACUUAACUAUACAGUUAUAUUCCUUUGAUUUGUGUGUCUGCAAGAAAUGCCUUUCAACGUUUUAUUGUGGGACUUUGGAAGUUAUAGACAGGGGAAUAUAUCCAACCAUUGGAAGUAAAUUUACACCGUGUAUAUGGAUCAUUCCAGGGAGUUAUAGAAACGGUUCAUAUAGAGAAUUUUUGGUAUCUAAAGGAAUGCAUUUGGGUCUGUAAGGUAGAUGAAUUGAGAGAGAUAAUCAAUAUACUUUGGGAGUACUUUGCAUCAAUUAUCCACUGAUAAAGGAUGGUUUAUUUUGUUACACAAAUAUAUACAGUUGUGACAAUAAGAACAAAUACAAAGUAUGACAAGGUAAGUUAGGAUUGACAAGAAUGUGUUAAUGGGGCAAAUGUAGUUCCCGCUAUGGCACUUUAUAUUGUAGCAUCAGGUGAACAUAUGGCUCUUCUCGG